AUGUGUACGCGGGUACGAAAAGGCACCUACGUAAUCUCAUGGAGAGGAGAAAAAAAACCAUUGGUUGGGAACAAGAGGAUCGAGAGAGAGGGAGUGAAGGCAAAGAUAAACUCAGUCUUGGAGAAGAAACUUGAAGAACUCGAGUCUCUACUUGAAGUAGUCAAUUUUACCGACGAUGAUGAUCCCAAUCUUCGGAAAAUACAACUAGGAAUUUUAUUUGUGAGGACCCUUUUAGCGGCUGAGAUUUCGUCUCGACGGCUGCAUGUGGAAGGAGAAGAAGACGUUGACGAAAGGUUUGAUUGCUUAGCAAAGAGGUUAACCGAAAUAGAGGCUUCUAUCAUUAAUCAAUGGCCCGGUCAUCAUGAUAAUGGUUCACUGAUCAAAUCAGAAAUGGAAAGUUUGGAAACUAAUGAUGGUAUUAUCAACGGUGAAACCGGUGCGGAUUACUCGUCGGUCGGAUCUUGUCUGAACGAGUCUAGUAAAGCAGAAGAGGAGGAGGAGGAAGAAGUAGAGGCUGAGCAGUGGCCAAUGUUUCAAGAUGCGCCAUCGGAGGAGAUGGAAGAGGUUAAGUUUCCGGUGGCGGGCACGGUUAAGGAAGAGGUGAUGGAUAGAGAAGUGAAAGGGAAUGGGCGGGUGUGUUUUAGGGCUUUGGUUUAUUUCGGUUUGAUUGGUUUAGUUGGUGGUAUGAUCAGUUUAGUUGGUUAUAUUGGUGAUAGCAAUGAUAAUUUGCUUCUUACCCCUACUUAG